UGCGUUUUAGAGUAAAUAAAUCAUAUACUCACUAAUCAUUUCCUUUCGUUUGUUCGCAUGUAUUUAUUGCAGCAGGCUCUGCAGUCAAAUCGAAACCUUAGUCAUUGAAAAAUUAUUUUAUUUGUCAGUUUUGAAAAAGAAAUGCAGGAUUUUUACAGUGAUUUCGAAAUUUUUUCCCAGAGCUGGUGGCCUUACAUUAUUUCUUUGGUAAUAAGCAUCAUUAGUGCUAUAAGAAUUUAUGUUGGAGGAACAUAUUGCGAAAGCUUGGCACGAUUAGAUGGAAAAUAUGUAAUAAUAACAGGAGGCUCCAGUGGAAUUGGGCUGGCAACUGCAAAAGAGCUAGCCAAAAGGGGUGCCAAUCUGAUUCUAGCUAUAAGGAAUGCUGAAAAGGGAGCAAAAGCUUUGGAUGAUAUAAAAAUGAUCAAAAGUGACGCCAAUGUAAUUAUUAAAAUAUUGGAUGUAUCAGAUUUUUGUAGCAUCCGUAACUUUGUUGAACAAUUAAAAAACGAAUACGACAAAAUUGACAUUCUAAUCAACAAUGCUGGAACUAUUUGCCAACCACCCAGAAAAACUGCUGAAGGAAAUGAGCUUACUUAUGUCACUAAUUAUUUAGGUCCCUUUCUUUUGACCCACCUCCUCCUCCCGUUACUCAGUAAAUCCGAUAAUGGAAGAGUCAUCAACGUGUCAGCCUUAGCCCACUAUAAUGGUAAACUGAAUAUAGAUACUGCAAAUAUUGGAGAGUAUAACGGAAAUGACGCAUUUGCUGGAAGCAAACUAGCUUUGACCUUGUUCACCAAGCAUAUGGCACAACUCUAUAAGGAUACCAACAUAACAUUCAAUUCAGUCAGCCCUGGCUUGGUGAGAAAUACCGGACACCUUGCAAAUUACUCUACACUGGAAAAUUCAUUGCUAACGAAAUUAUCAGUGUGGCCUUGGGUAUGGUUGUUUUUAAAAAAUCCCAAACAAGGUUGCCAAUCGAUCGUCUACCUAGCUGUUGAACCUACUCUGCACAAAGUUUCAGGUUGCUACUUCAGUGACUGUGAAAUCAAGGAUCCAGCUGAUGUGGUAAAUGACUCGAACAUAGCAAAAACUCUUUACGAAAAAUCCUGCAAGAUUGUUAAUAUUGAUCCAAAAACUAUUUCGGUAUCUACUAGGAAUGAGGCUACGAAAGUAGAGGGAUAAUAUUGUUCUGUAUGAUCAGUUCUUUCCACAAAUAUAUAAAACUUUUCGA